ACGCUUUAAAACGAGGCAGCCGUUAGUGAACCGUUAGGAACGUUAGCCUAGCAUCCAGCUAACGGCAGUUUAACUAACGUAUGGACGUAACGGCUAACGGCUAAGCCUGACGGUUUAUACAUAUUUAAACCAUUUUUUUAAAUUUAAUUCUUUAAUUUGCUGUUUAACUUGGUCGAAUGGAUCUUUAUGAAGACGAACAGCUUCAAAGUCGAUCCAGGGACACACAUGUGAGUGGAGCCGGGUGUGGUAUGGUUCAGCGGGCGGGCAGGGACCAUGCCGUGACCGCCGACCCUCGGGUGCUGCAGCACCUGGUAGCCGCGGAGAAGACCUGCCAGGUGUCCCCUCACUUCGACAGAGUGCAGACGGACAUCCAGCCGUACAUGCGGAGGUUACUGGCAGUGUGGAUGUUCCAGGUGUGUGAGGAGCAGAAAUGUGAGGAGGAGGUGUUUCCACAGGCGGUGUAUUACCUGGACUGUUACCUGAGCCGGUUUACCGUUGAAAAGUCCAACCUGCAGCUGCUGGGAGCUGUUUGCAUGUUCCUGGCCUCCAAAAUGAGAGAGACUGUUUAUCUGACUGCCAGCAAGCUUUGCAUCUACACAGACAACUCCAUUUCAGUGUCAGACAUCCUGCAGUGGGAGGUAGCAGUGGUGUCCAGGUUAGACUGGUGUCUGGCCUCAGUCGUACCCUCUGACUUCCUGGAGCCAAUUCUUCAUCUUCUCCCUUUUGUUCGGCCCCACCACCUUCCCAGCAUGCGCAGACAUGUUCACGUCUACAUUGCUCUGGCAGCCACUGACGGCAUGUUUUCAGUGUUCUCGCCCUCCACUGUUGCAUGUGCUUGUGUGAACAUAGCCACACAGAGGCUUGAGGUAGUGGACUCUGCCGCUGUUCCUUCGAUUAUGAAGGUUUUGGCCAACCGUUUGUCCAUUGAUCUGAGCUCCAUCCUCCUCUGCUCUGACCAACUAGGGAGUGCGCUGGAGCUCAGCCUGCCCUCUUGUUUCCAGGCUCAUGUUUGCAGAUCAGGAGCGCACAGCUCAGAGGUCAGCUACACGCCAGCUGACAUUCAGGAUGUUGUAUUGACACCGGUGACACCAAGCUGAAACACUCCUCCCUGCCACAGGAUAGCUUAAGUGAAUUAAAACUUUACAGCCAUUAGACAGAAGAGACUGUCUUAAAUGCCAUUUAUCGUUGAUCUUAAUUGUUCUUUGCUUGUUGAUUGUUUUGGAGAUUUUUCUGUGACGUGUGUAGAGCUUCUGCAGUUUGAGAAAUUAUUGAGAUUUGUUUCGUCCACCUUGUUCCUGCUUGUUUUUAAAGUAUUUUGCAGCUCUGUGUGAUAUAAUAUAUUCUCAUUGUACCCUUUAUGAUUAUUCAGGGCCACAUUGUCUUUUUGACACUUGAAUUUGCACUGAUUCGUAAUAGCAAUUUUGCACAUUUUGAAUGUAACAUUUUCUAUUCAUGUUUGCCGUUAACUGGAUUAUUGAAAAUGUGAUAUUAGCUUUACUCUGUCAGUUCUGAUAGAUGUUUUGAAUAGAUGUUUCUGCUUUGUUUUUUAAUCCAGCACUGACUUUCCUUGUUGUUACUAUAAAUCAAAACUGUUAAACUACAAAGUAAAACAUGCGACAGACAGGUCACUAACUAUAAAACAUCUGUAUGUAGGUCACAAACAACAUGAGUCAUCACUUGAAUUCUUUGUAGUCAUUUUUAAAUUUUUUUUAUUGAUUUCCUCAUCCCGGUCGCCUGGCAGAUCAGUCAUAUAAAUGAUGUGCCCGUAACUUUGGCAAACUUUGUUUUUUGUUGCGGUUAAAGAAAAAAAGAUUUGCAUAACUGCAACUUCUGGGCAAAGGGAGCAAGUAAAAACAGUAGUGAUGCACCCAUUAUACUGUACAUAAAUGAAAUAGACAUACCAGCUUUAAGCUUCUCAUGAGCCUCAUAGUGUGUCAAAAACAUAACCAUAAAUAACUGAAAAAAACAAAACAAAAGUACAGUUUUUACAUUCCAGUUUCUGAACAACAGCACAGCUCCGAGUACAGCCUUGUGCAACUUUUGUUACGUGAACUCAAUACUUAGAUGACAGCUGAUAAAUAAAUUGUAUGGUUAUCAAGUUUCGAUGGUCUGUUAAAUGAUAAAGUGCUACUCCAGGCGCCAACUUGAUGUUCUAAUUUAAUGCCAAGCAUGCCAAUCCAAUUAAGUAACUCCAGUUUGCAGCAUGAAAUUUCAUACAGGCAUGAACGCUGAUAAACCUUUCUCUCACCAGCAGGAGGUCUUUCUAAAAGCAGGACUAAGAAGUCAGCCAGGUUAUGAAACGUCUUAAUUUUAAAAUCAAUGAUUAUCAGCAUGCAUAAAUCAUCUUUGUUUUCCUGUUUGAGUCAACAACAUGCAACAUUUUUAGUAGUUAAAUGGCUAAACUUCUAAUCCAGCUUUGCGAAAUACUGCUCCACCCCAGGUGUCUAGACAUUUUAAAUUAAAAUGCAAAGUUCAGUACACCUGAGCUCCAUGACCAAUCAUGAAAAUGCAGUUGAAAGGUUACACAUUAUAUCGAUGCCACAUAAGCAUACAUUAAGUAGCUGUAGCUCGGUUCACUUUCAAAUUUUAACUUCACGUGUCCUGCAAAGCAAACUGUGACGGACUUGAUGAGCUCCACCUUUGUGUGAAACUGUCACCUGCAUAAACAGAGUGAAAGGCCACCUGCGCACUUGUAUUAUUGUAAUCUUGAAGGCAAAAGCAAGUUCUACUGGUUUGAUAUGAGUCAUGAUUAUUAUUCAAGUCAUUAUCCAAAAGGUAUUUCAAGAAA